GGGAAUGUGAUUGGAGGAGGCUUGAGCUAUAUAACUCACAGACCGCUGCUCCUCCCUUUCGCCAGUGGAGUUUCACUACAAGCUUCUGCACCACACAGGGCAGACGGGAACACAAACACAAGCAAAAGCUGGCAGGCUGACACGCACGGGCAGCUUUACAGGACGGAUUAUCUGGUAACUGACCAUUUAGCUGUGGCACACUCGGACUCCGUGUAAACGUGGGAUUUCGACCAUGAGCUCAGUCGCUGUACUUACGCAAGAAAGCUUUAAUGAGCAUCGCAGUGGCCUUCAGCCGGAGAAGGCCAAAGCUGCUGUGGCAGGCCCUAGUGGUGCCGAAGAUGAGGAUAGCCUUCCCACCUACAAGGAUGCCUUUCCCCCUCUGCCUGAAAAGUCUUUGCCAGAGGGGGUCCAGGAGACUGGAAAUGCCUGGACGACUAAGAUCAGACCUCUCAAGUCCUCAGUAAUCACCCAGGUUUUCCAUGUGCCCCUGGAAGAGCGCAAGUACAAGGACAUCAACCAGUUUGGAGAAGGAGACCAGGCUAAAGUCUGUCUUGACAUUAUGCACAAGACUGGAGCCCACCUGGAACUCUCCAUGGCUAAAGACCAAGGCCUCUCCAUAAUGGUCUCUGGGAAACAUGACGCAGUCAUGAAAGCCCGCAAAGAGAUUGUGUCCCGACUGCAGACUCAGGCUUCAGCUACUGUGGCCAUCCCCAAAGAACAUCAUCGCUUUGUCAUUGGCAAGAGUGGGGAGAAGCUGCAGGAGCUUGAACUGAAGACUGCCACAAAGAUCCAGAUCCCUAGACCCGAAGACCCCAGUAAUCUCAUCAAGAUCUCUGGAACCAAGGAAGGCUUGGAGAAGGCCAAGCACGAGAUCCUGCUCAUCUCUGCUGAGCAGGAUAAGCGUGCUGUGGAGAGAAUGAACAUUGAAAAGGUGUAUCAUCCCUUCAUCACUGGAGCUUAUAACAAGCUGGUGGGGGAAUUGAUGCAGGAGACAGGAGCCCGCAUUAAUGUCCCCCCACCAAGUGUGAACAAAACGGAGAUCGUCAUCACUGGGGAGAAAGAGCAGGUGGCCCUGGCCAUAGUGAAGAUCAAAAAGAUUUAUGAGGAGAAGAAGAAGAAUGCUACCACUAUUGCAGUGGAGGUGAAGAAAUCUCAGCACAAGUAUGUGAUUGGGCCUAAGGGUAACACCCUGCAAGAGAUCCUGGAUAGGACUGGCGUCUCGGUCGAGAUCCCACCCCUCGACAGCAGCUCAGAGACUGUAAUCCUGCGUGGGGAGCCAGACCGGCUGGGCCAGGCACUCACUGAAGUGUAUGCCAAGGCCAACAGCUACACUGUGUCCUCAGUCACUGCUCCCUCUUGGCUUCAUCGUUUCAUUAUUGGCAAGAAAGGACAAAAUCUGGCAAAGGUCACACAGCAAAUGCCCAAGGUGCACAUUGAGUUCACUGAGGGCGAGGAAAAGAUCACGCUGGAGGGUCCCACCAAAGAUGUACAGAUAGUACAGGGUCAGAUUGAGGCCAUCGUUACGGAUCUGAUUAGCCGAAUGGACUACACAGAGAUCAGUGUGGACCCCAAGUUCCACCGACACUUAAUUGGGAAAGGGGGUGCAAACAUUAACCGCAUAAAGGAGCAGCACAAAGUGUCAGUCCGCAUUCCACCUGACAACGAGAAGAGCAACCUGAUCCGUAUUGAGGGUGACCCCCAGGGCGUGCAGGAGGCCAAGAAGGAGCUGCUAGAGCUCGCGUCACGCAUGGAGAAUGAGCGUACAAAGGACAUGAUCAUUGAACAGCGUUUUCAUCGAGCCAUCAUCGGACAGAAAGGGGAGAAAGUUAAGGAAAUUCGGGAUAAGUUCCCUGAGGUCAUGAUCAACUUCCCUGACCCAACGCAGAAAAGUGACAUUGUACAACUGCGUGGGCCUCGCACUGAGGUGGAAAAGUGCACAAAGUUUAUGCAGAAAAUGGUGGCUGAAAUGGUUGAAAACAGCUUUUCUGUCUCAGUCCCCAUUUUCAAGCAAUUCCACAAAAAUAUAAUUGGCAAAGGAGGAGCAAAUAUAAAGAAGAUCCGUGAAGAGACUAACACUAAGAUUGAUCUGCCUGCAGAAAACAGCAACUCUGAAAUGAUUGUCAUCACAGGAAAGAAGGCAAACUGCGAGGCCGCAAAGAACAGGGUCCUUGCCAUUCAGAAAGAACUGGCAAAUAUUACAGAGGUUGAGGUGUCCAUCCCCUCAAAACUGCACAACUCCCUAAUUGGCUCCAAGGGGCGUUUUGUGCGUUCCAUCAUGGAGGAGUGUGGUGGCGUGCACAUCCAUUUCCCAACAGAGGGCUCUGGGAUCGAUGCAGUGACAAUCAGAGGCACAGCGGAUGAGGUAGAGAAAGCCAAGAAACAGCUGCUGUCCCUGGCAGAAGAAAAGCAAAUUAAAAGCCACACAGUUGAGCUUCGUGCCAAACCUGAAUAUCACAAGUUCCUUAUUGGAAAAGGAGGUGGAAAUAUCCGCAAGGUGCGGGACAGCACAGGCGCCAGGAUCAUCUUCCCUACUGCUGACGAUAAGGAUCAGGAACUGAUCACAGUCAUCGGUACAGAGGAAGCUGUAGCAGAAGCACAGAAGGAGUUGGAGGCACUUAUUAAGAGCUUGGAUAACAUUGUAGAAGAUUUCAUGAUUGUCGAUCCCAAGCACCAUCGGUUCUUCGUGGCACGUCGUGGCCAAGUCCUGAGGGACAUUGCUGACGAGUAUGGUGGUGUUAUAGUCAGUUUCCCCCGAACUGCCACACAGAGCGAUAAGGUCACCCUAAAGGGAGCCAAAGAUUGUGUGGAGGCAGCGAAGAAACGCAUGCUGGAGAUGAUUGAGGAUUUGGAUGCUCAAGUGACCAUGGAGUGUGUGAUCCCUCAGAGGUUCCACCGCUCCAUAAUGGGGCCUAAAGGCUCUCGCAUUCAGCAGAUCACUAAAGACCACAAUGUGCAGAUCAAGUUUCCAGACCGAGAUGACCAGCAAGCUCCAUCAGCUGAUGCACCAGUUCAGGAGAAUGGAGAGGCCAAUGGAGAUGUGAAGGAGCCUGCUGAUCCUUUAGUCCCAAAGAAGUGUGAUGUCAUUGUGCUCUCUGGCCGCAAAGAGAGAUGUGAAGCUGCUGUUGAAGCACUAAAGGCUUUGGUUCCUGUAACCAUUGCGGUGGAAGUGCCUUUUGAGCUUCAUCGCUACAUCAUUGGACAGAAAGGAAGUGGAAUCCGCAAGAUGAUGGAUGAGUUUGAGGUUAAUAUUCAAGUGCCUGCUCAUGAGUUACAGUCUGACAUUAUCUCCAUUACUGGCCUGGCCUCCCACCUUGACCGCGCUAAAGAGGGUCUUCUUGAGCGCGUCAAAGAGCUACAGGCUGAACAGGAGGAUCGGGCUCUCAGGAGCUUCAAGCUGACCAUCACUGUGGAUCCCAAGUAUCACCCCAAGAUCAUUGGACGCAAGGGUGCCAUUAUCACCCAAAUCCGCAAUGAGCAUGAGGUCAACAUUCAGUUUCCAGAGAAAAAUGAUGAGAACCAGGAUCAGAUUACCAUUACUGGCUAUGAGCAGAAUGCUGUGGCGGCACGUGAUGCUAUUCAGUCUAUAGUGGAUGAGCUGGAGGAAAUGAUUUUUGAGGACAUCACCCUGGACAGCAAAGUCCAUGCUCGCAUCAUAGGGGCACGUGGCAAGGGAAUUCGCAAAAUCAUGGAUGAGUUUAAGGUUGAUGUUCGAUUCCCUCAGAGUGGAGCUGCAGAUCCCAAUUUGGUGACUGUGACUGGCCGUCCAGAACAUGUUGAUGAAGCCAUUGAUCAUCUUCUAAACCUUGAGGAGGAAUAUCUGGCUGAUGUGGUUGAAAAUGAAGCCAAAAUGGCCUAUAUGAAACCUUCUGGUUCCACUGCCUCCAGCAUGGAAGAACCACGAGGCCCAUCCAAGGGCUUUGUUGUGCGGGAGGCUCCUUGGGCCACUGGCAAUGAAAAGGCCCCUGAUAUGAGUAGUUCUGAGGAAUUCCCCAGUUUUGGUGCACCUGUGACUAAUGCGAGAUCAUCUCCGUGGGGACCCAAACGUUUUUGAAAUGUGUGUCCUUCAAUAGUUGUUGCAACCCCCGGUUCCCCCUUACUAUAAUCCCUCAUUUUGACCCAUUUGGAUGUGGACGCACCACUUACCCUGACCCUAUUAUAUCAGCACAUCUCCUCUGCUUAGAUUACUUCUACUUAUAAGGGUCUUGAUGAUUCUCUCAGUGGCCCUUAUAAAGGUACACUGACCCUUUUACAAGGUUCCCCUGAAUUGGUAUGAAGUGAUUCAACAUGUUUGCUUUUUCAGAGAGAAUCACAAAUUGAAGGAAAACAAAAGUAGUCCUGGCCAUGCUUCAGGUCUGCAACAAUCCAGGUUUAGUUUUUGAUAUGACGCCAUUUAAAAACAAAAACACAUUAUUUCAUUACAAUGGUUAUUUCUUGGGUUUAUUAAGCUGCUCUGUCUCAUAGUUGCCUUUGCAAUGGGGUUUAGGGAAAAAUAUACUGUAUACCUCUGAAAGCUAUUGCUUCAGGUUGAAGUCAGAUUCAUUCAUAGGAAAUGGGUAACCAGCUGUACUUCUGUCUAGUUCCCUAGGGUAGCUGUUUUGUUGCAGACAUUUUGCUUGUCUCGUCUUUCCCCAUUCCUAAUUCCCUAACUCUGGGAAGUGAUUCCAUGCAGCCUUCACAGCUUUCCAUCUUAAAGAGGGACUCUUUACUACAGAAGUAUUUUCAAACUGCCAUUUGCUUUGGAAGUUCCAGGGAUGUAGACUCUCGUCAAGUAGGAGUCCCAAGGUUACCAAAGUCUCUAAAACGUACACUAAACUGCUUAUCCUUUUUCAUUUUGUUUUUGAUAUUCAGAAAUCAUGUUUAUUAAAGAUUAUAAUAUUUGGAAGGAUGAAAAAAGAAAAAGACCAUUUUGUGCCAAUGAAAUGUUAAGUAAUGUCAUGUUACUCAUUCUUGCUCAUGGGUCAGUGUCCAGCCCCUUUUUUUGUCUUCCAGUUGCUAUGCAGGUUGGUCUGAAACAUAGCAAUGGCCCUCUCAAAAGCCUUAUAAGAAUUAUGCAAAAAUUACAAAGGAAAUGAUUAUGGAUAACACUGGAAAAUAAACUGUCCAAAAAGCAAAAUAAAAAUUGAAAAUGUAUCUGGA